AUGCCUGGCGGUAAGAAACGGACGAAUACUCGGGCGAGAGAUCCUGUCACUGGCAGAUUUUGUGCCGCGCCCAAGCCUCAACCCCCCGAUCCAGUAACGGCCGCCAAAUCAGUGCCCGAAGAACAGUACAAUGUACUACUUGAUAAAACUCAUCGUGAUAAAGAAGAAUACCUGGAGGAGUUGAAACGGGAGAAGUCCAAAUUUGAGCAGAAAGAAAAGGAGGUCGAAGAACUUGAACGAGAAGUUGCAAGAUUGACUGAAAACAGCAGAGAUAUCGACAGGCAGAGGCAGGAGCUCGAAAACAAAUAUCUCAAAGAGUUUGAGCAGCAAAAGCAAGACGCCGAAGAGAUUAAGCAAGAACAAGAGAGGAGAGUAGCUUGUAUGCAGGCAAUGGUUCGGGAACAUGGUCUGGAGGAAAACUGCGACAUUGCAUGGGACGGCAAUUUCAAAGAAAAAUUGAAGAGGGAGUUUCGGGAUCGACGUUCAAACUGUUACACCAGCGUGAAGGUAUUAAUUGUUAGAUGGGCUUCGGAUGAUUUAGGUCUUUCUAGACCGGUCGAAAAUUUGGCAAGAGUAUUCGAACAAUCAUACAAGUUCAACUCCAUUGGAGAUGAUUCUCCGGAUACGCUUCUCAUCUUUGUGUACGUUGGCCACGGAAACAUUGAAAACAAGAGCCAUGACGCUAUUUGGUCUGGAAGAGAUGGUGGUCCUCGUAUGCCUUCUAGUGGUAUCCAGACCCUCCUCGAGGAGUCUAAAUCAGAUGCCCUUCUGUUGUACGACACGUGCCAUUCUGCAAAUACUGCUAUAUCCCUCAACCACUCAGCAGGAAGUGUGACGGAGUUAAUCGCGGCAUGUGGAUUUGAGACAACUACCCGAUCGGGCGAUAACUCUUUCACGUCCGCACUCAUACAGGAACUGUAUCCUGCUGCAACACAAGGAGCUGUGUCUGUCUCUGAACUGUAUAAUCGAGUACUUACUCGUCAAAGGAAUUCCCCGAACCGCAAAAAAAAUGCGACACCCGUUCGUUGCACGUUGGCAUCCGACGGCUAUCGGACAUCCAUCAUGCUCGAACCGUUGUUGCCAGCCCUGGUCACCGCGUCUCACCAGUCUUCAGAACUCUCGGAUGGCGCGAAUACAGUGUACAAUAUUGGAAUUGUAAAAAGAGGAUUGAGAAUGGGUGACACUUCUGUCUUUUUGAAAUGGUUGUUGCGGGCCCCAUCUGAUGUUAUCGACGUCCAACUACGCCGCAUCAACAUUCAGAAGCAAACCUCUUCAAAUGGCGGUCUUGAAUCCUCGAAUGGUGGUCAUGAAUCUUAA